GCGCGGCCAAUGGGAUCACUGACAUGCAAAUCGCGGGCUAUAAAGCGCGGCGCGGGCGGCCCCGGCGCGCAGCGGAGGCAGCGGCGCGGCUAUGGCGCCGGGCAGGGAGCGCCCGCCGCGGGCCGAGGGCUGCGCCGAGCCCCGCGCCGACCGGAGGACGAAGAAGCCGCUAGUGGAGAAGAAGCGCCGGGCGCGCAUCAACGAGAGCCUGCGGGAGCUGCGGCUGUUGCUGGCCGACGGCGAGUUUCAGGCGAAGCUGGAGAACGCGGAGGUGCUGGAGCGGACGGUGCGGCGGGUGCGGGCCGUGCUGGAGCGCCGCGCCCGCGGUGAGUGCCGGCCCGGGGGGCGGCGGGGGGCGCCCGGCCCGGCCCGCGCCUCACCCGCGCCCCUCUCUGUCCGCCGCGGCGCAGGGGGCGGGCGGCGGCUCCUCGAGGCCAGCGAGCGCUUCGCCGCCGGGUACAUCCAGUGCAUGCACGAGGUGCACACCUUCGUCUCCAGCUGCCCCGGCAUUGACGCCACCACGGCCGCCGAGCUGCUCAACCACCUGCUGGAGUCCAUGCCCCUCAGCGAGGGCGGCUGCCCGGACUCGGUCACGGACGCUUCGGGGGAGCCCGCGCUCGGGCCCUGGCCCGCCGCCCCAGCGCUGGCCCUGGCGCCCGGAGCCCGCCCCGGCCCGGCGCCGCCCGGCCCGGCGCUCUCGCCCUGCCCCAGCGAAGAGACCUGCUCCGACUCGGACGAGGCCGAGCCGGGCCAGACCUGCACGGACGGACUGGACGCGUCCCAGACGCAGGGCCUGCCCUCGCCCGGCUCGCCCAAAUCCAUGUGGAGACCCUGGUAACAGCGAGGGGAGUCAGCGCAGACCCUGCGGGGAGCGCGGGGUGCCCCGCACACGCGUGUGUGCCGAGUGUGUCUGUGUGAGUGAGUGUCAGUGUGUCUGUCUCUGUGUGUGUGUGUGUGUGUGCGGCUGGCAGCGCUGGGACCGGGGGC